AUGGCUGUUGACCCGGAAGCGCAGAGGCGACGCGAAGAAUGCGAGCGCAAGGCACGGCGUGGCGAAAUGGAUCCGCGGUUGGAAUUUAUUUUCCAGUUGCUUAUGGAUGGCACACAGCUUCCUCGACAUCAGAUUAUGGAUCACAUUUUCGAAGGCGAUAUGUUGGACGAAAUAAACCAGCUUUUUCUGCCCAAUAUGCGCAACAAACUGAUGUGGUUUUAUCAGGAAGUUGAUGAACCUGAUUCAGUGGCACAACAAGACCAACCAAAACCGGGACCAUCAAGAGCCGCUGGAACCAGUAAUACAUCGAAAACACCACAAGGAACCACGCCUGCCGGACCGGCUCACAAGCAUAAGCUCUUUCUAACCGAUGGAUGGAAUUGUCCUUUCACCAACAUUUGUAUUUACAUCUUUCGGUUGAACACGACAAAGCCGUUGCCCGAAGAAGGUUUUCAGAAGGAUUUGUACUGCGGGUUAAUUGAUGCAAAAGUUGGUUUAGUGACGUCAAUCGAACGUAUUGUCGAAUUCGUCUUUAUGCAAGCAUUAGCAUAUCCGAAUGCUGAACUUGAGGAUGACGAUAUGGGCUGUAGCUUGAUCAAUAGCCAAUUGUUACCUGGUUUGCGAUCGUUUUGCAGUGCACUUCGUGUAUGCGAACAGGUUUGCCAGAACAAAAAUGUGUUUGACGAUGGAAAAACACUGUUCCCAAGAACCGGCAUCAAUACUGAAGUUCAAGAGAUGUCAACGAACAAGGAAUUUUGCGGUGAACUCGAAGAACGUGUUUUGAAUUGGAUUCGAGAUGUGGCGAAAGUGCUAAUGGAAAGUGAACAGCUUCGGAAAGAGAAUGAUACAAGCGGACCCCAAGAUGAACUUGAAUAUUGGAAGAAAAGGGCUGCACAAUUUUCACAGCUUUUAUCACAUUUAGAGGAUAGAGACACUCAAUGCACGAUACAAUGCUUGAAUUUAGCCAAUUCAAAGGUGAUGAAAGAAUGGAAGGAGACGGAUAAGAAAAUAACAUUUUGCUACAAUGAAGCACGCGAUAAUUCCAAGUUUAUUCAAGCCAUUGAAAAUAGUUGCCAUGCACUAUAUUUAGAUGACCCAGUUAAUAUGAGGGAAUCUAUUUUGGGACUGUUGCAGACAGUCCGUCUAAUUUAUAGUGUCUCACAAUUUUACAACACCUCUGAACGCACAUCAUCGUUGAUGGUUAAGAUAACAAAUCAAAUGAUUGAAACCUGUAAAUCGUAUAUUACGUUUCGUGGGAAAGAGACGAUUUGGUCGCAGGAUCGAAGUAUCAUAAGAACACGAUUGAGCAACUGCAUCAAAUUGAAUCACAUGUAUCGAGAGACAUACUAUGGCGUACGCGAACAGCCAUUUUUGCCCAAUCAGUCACCGUUUGGAUUUUCGGAAAAUUUUGUAUUCGGAAAAUUCGAUACGUUUUGUGACCGAUUAUCAAAAAUAAUUGCAAUGUUCAAUUUGAUUGACGAUUACAAUCAUCUGUUCGCUCGCCGCCUCGAGGGAUUGUUGCUCGGUGAAGCGCUCGAAAAUGCAAUGGCCACAUUUGAGGAGGCAAAAAAAUUGGUCGUGUCCAAGCGAUACGACUAUCUGGAUCAUCGAAAUGCCGAGUUUAAUGUGGAUUACAAUGCGUUUAUAACAAAAACGGAUGCUCUAAAAACAUCGAUUGGCACCGUUAUCGAAUCGAAUUUCGAUUCAGUGUGGGAAACGCCGCAAUGUAUGCGGUUUUUAAUUCGUUUUGAAAAGGUCAGUGAAAAGAUUCCCUUGACCAUGAUGCACGAUAAAUACCAACGCAUUUUAAAGUAUAGCGAGAAGGAAGUUCAGCGUAUUUUGACAUUGUUUCGUAAGCAACGCGAUGAUCCACCUUUGCCCCGUACAUUCGCUCCAAUUGCCGGCAGAAUUAAAUGGUGUCGUGCACUUGAAUGCCAUCUCACUGAGUUGGUGUCGAGUGUGACUUCACAUCAAGUGCUAAGAACGCUGCCGGCAACCAAAGAUCUUGAAAAUAAAUACUCAUCGGUUAAAAAUAUUCUCGCUGAAUACGAACAAGAAAUGAUAAACAUUUGGUUGGAUCAAGAUGUUGCCGUUGCCGAUGUGGCACUUCUGCAGCCAGUUUUGGCACUUCAACACGACCGAUUAUAUGUUAAUCUCCAUCCAACCAUACCGCUGUUGAUACGAGAAGCAACUUGCCUUGCAAAAAUGAACAUCGAACUACCCAUUGUGGCUGCUACAUUAUUCACAAAACAGCAACACUUCCAUUCGAUCCAAGACUCGUUGAAUGAACUAAUCAAUAUGUUCUUGAAAACGGUGAAACAAGUCAAAUUAGAAGUACGACCACUUUUCUUGCCACAGCUGGUUCAAUUGACUUCACUGCUGAAACCUGGCUUAACACGAAUAAGAUGGACAAAUCCAAGAUGGGUCGAAUUUUAUGAGAAAUGCAAAAAUGCCAUUGAAACGUUCAAUGUGCUGGUUAUACGAGUUCAUGAUAUUUAUGCGAAUCGCAUUUUAAAUGUAUUAUCAGCCAUGCAUGAUGUGUCAUUACAAAAUCUACCAACUGGAGAUGAGCUCUGGACAAUCGAAGAAUUUUUGGAAAAGAAUGAAGAAUCUUGUCGAUUGGCAGCUAUUGAAUUGAAUCGCAAAAGUCAAAUGGUGUCAGAGGCCGUUGAAGAAGUGUUAAGUUUAGUUCAAGAUGCCACUCAAAAGUUCAAAUCGAUGAUGAGCACAGAUAGUGAAGAUAUGGCUCAAGACGAAUCUCGCAUAAACACAAUACGUUCAAAGGAAAAUGGCGAAGAAUCGGGCGGCAACGGUCAACAGCCACAAGAUUGGAGCAUUCUUUGGUCGUGUUUUGAAAAUCCCGUAUCAUUACUAUCGGUAAACAAUGGUUUACCGAAGGGAAUGAAGGAGAUGGUAAGUAAUGCUGUGUCCGAAAUGCGACGAUACUACAGCCGAAAAGUUAUCGAUGUGCUGAUAAAAGUGACGAGAUCAUCGUUGGACAUGCUGCGUAAGCGGUUCAUUAUUGAAGAGGUCGAAAAUGAUAAAAGUGAAACAUCAACGACCAAACCAAAACCAUCGAAUAUCGAAAAACAGAAGCCCAUCUUUUUGGUGCAUUCCACUUUAAUGAUACCGAACAUAACAAUUCGACCGACACUUGACGACUUACAAGAAGCACUAAUCACCGCGGGAAAGAACAUAACCGGCGUCGCAAAAGGCGUUGCUCAAUGGAGUUCGGGAAAAGAGUCAUCUCAAGGUCAUAUUCGAUUGCCACGGCGUUCUGAGCACGACGAUAAACGCUCACGUCGACGCAAACUCUACAAUUUGCAAUCAGAAGAACGUCCACAAAUGCCACACAUGACAAAGAGCUUUUAUAGUUUUGUAAUGGAAAACAAAGAAGUGGUGAAAAUACAAAAUUUGCUAGCCAAUUGUACGAAAUCGGUGAAGCCGGAAUUGGCAACUUUUGUUAAAAGUUGGAAACCAUAUCAUUUCCUUUGGAAAAAUGACAAAACCACCAGAGAAUUGAUGGAAAUGGAGCUGUUGGAAUUUGAAUCAACGCUGAACUGCUUGGCUCAAUUGGAUUCAAACUUAUUGGUCGAAUCGGAUUUUGUUUACCUUUGCAAUUGCAUUGCAGUCUCAACGGAAAGAUUAAAAUACGGCCUUGCUGUUGAAAUAAAAUCCUGCACACACAAAGUUGGACAAGCGAUGAAGAAGAAAUAUAAGCGUGAAAUGGACUAUGUGUAUGCAGUGAUCAAUGAAAUGGAUAGAAAAUUGGAUCGAAAUAUUCGCGACUUGGAUGAUGUUCGAAUGAUAAUGGACACUCUCGCAAAGAUACGGGAACAAGAGGUGGAUAUGGAGCUAAAAAUUGAACCAAUUGAGGAAGCAUUCAACAUUUUGACCAGAUAUGAAGUAGCAGUCGACCGUGAACACUUCGAUCAAGUGGACAAUUUACGAUAUACAUUCAACCAACUAUUGGCCAGAGCAUUGCAAUCACAAUGCAAAUUGCUUGAAAUGCAACCAGCAUUUCAAUCGGACCUAUUCAAGAAUCUGGAUACGUUCAAGUCGGAUAAAAUCGAUUAUGUCAAUGAAUACAGAAAUACCGGUCCAAUGCAGCCCGGUUUAACGCCGCGUGAGGCAUCAGAUAAACUGAUUCUCUUUCAGAAUCGUUUCGAAGGGUUAUGGCGUCGUUUGCAAACCUACCAAAGUGGCGAAGAGCUAUUUGGCUUGCCUCAAACUGACUACCCUGAACUUGGUCAAAUCCGCAAAGAGUUGAAUCUCUUGCAAAAAUUGUACAAACUGUACAACGAUGUAAUCGAUCGUGUGAGCAGCUACUAUGACAUUCCGUGGGGCGAAAUCGACAUCGAAGAAAUCAACAAUGAGCUGAUGGAGUUCCAAAAUCGCUGCCGCAAACUGCCAAAAGCGUUGAAAGAAUGGCCAGCAUUCCAUGCGCUUAAGGGAACCAUAGACGACUUUAACGAUAUGUGUCCAUUGCUCGAGCUCAUGGCGAACAAAGCCAUGAAGCCUCGCCAUUGGUCACGAAUCAUGGAAGUCACGAAAUUUACAUUCGAAUUCGAUACGGCUGGUUUUUCGCUGAAAAACAUACUCGAAGCCCCGAUCAGGCAGCACAAAGAGAGUAUUGAAGACAUUUGCAUAAGUUCAAUAAAAGAAAAAGAUAUCGAGAGUAAACUGAAGCAAGUGACAAACGAAUGGUCUGUUUACGAGCUGCAGUUUAUGACGUUCAAUAACCGCGGUGAACUUCUCUUGCGUGGGGACACCACAGCGGAAACUAUAACGCAAUUGGAAGACAGUCUAAUGAUACUCGGUUCAUUAAUGUCAAAUCGCUAUAAUGCACCAUUCCGCAAACAAAUUCAACAGUGGGUGUACGAUUUAUCGAAUUCGAAUGAAAUUCUAGAGCGCUGGUUGUUGGUUCAAAAUAUGUGGGUUUAUUUGGAGGCAGUUUUUGUAGGCGGCGACAUUGCAAAGCAGCUACCGAAAGAGGCGAAACGCUUCUCGAAAAUCGACAAAUCUUGGCAGAAAAUUAUGCAACGUGCUCAUGAGACACCCGGCGUUGUAGCGUGCUGUGUAGGCGACGAUUUGCUCAAACAGCUUUUGCCCCAUUUGCAAGAGCAAUUGGAGCUGUGUCAAAAGUCGUUGAGUGGAUAUCUUGAGAAAAAACGCACAAUGUUCCCAAGGUUCUUUUUUGUCUCCGAUCCGGCUCUGUUGGAAAUUCUAGGUCAAGCUUCCGAUUCACACACGAUACAAAAUCAUUUACUUUCGAUUUUUGACAAUACACGAUCCGUUAAAUUCCAUGACAUUGAAUAUAAUAAGAUGUUAGCAGUUGUUUCGUCAGAGGGUGAAGUUAUUCAAUUAGACCGUGCAAUUCGAGCUGAAGGUUCGGUAGAAACCUGGUUAACAUCGCUGCUUCACUCGUCACAACAAUCUCUACAUUCGAUCAUUCGAAUGGCAUACACAAAUGUAAAUGACCCAAAUUUCAAUAUGGUUCCAUUUUUGGAGAAAAUGCCGGCACAAAUCGGUUUGCUGGGCAUCCAAAUGAUAUGGACACGCGACGCCGAAUUGGCGCUAAUUCAAGCACGAAUGGAAAAGAAAGUCAUGGUUGAAACGAACAACAAAUUUUUGGAGAUGUUAAACACUCUUAUCGAUCAAACAACUCGCGACCUAACCAAAAUUGAACGGAUUAAAUUCGAAACACUCAUUACGAUUCACGUGCAUCAGCGGGAUAUUUUUGAUAUUCUGUGUCGCAUGGGAGUUCGUUCUGCAAAUGAUUUUGAGUGGCUUAAGCAGUGUCGUUUUUAUUUCAAAGAAGACCAUGACAAGACCUGGGUGUCAAUCACCGAUGUUACAUUUGUGUAUCAAAACGAAUAUUUGGGAUGUACAGAUCGUUUAGUAAUCACACCGCUUACAGAUCGUUGUUACAUUACUUUGGCACAGGCAUUAACAAUGAGCAUGGGAGGCAGUCCAUGCGGACCCGCUGGAACAGGUAAAACUGAAACUGUCAAAGAUAUGGGAAAAACGUUGGCAAAAUAUGUAGUCGUUUUCAAUUGCUCCGAUCAGAUGGACUAUAGAGGUUUGGGUCGUAUUUACAAAGGAUUAGCGCAAUCUGGAAGUUGGGGCUGCUUUGAUGAAUUCAAUCGGAUUGAAUUGCCCGUACUUUCGGUUGCUGCUCAACAAGUAGCUGUCGUACUCACCGCCCGCAAGGAAAAAAAGAAAACUUUCGUUUUCACCGACGGCGACACCAUGGAAUUGAAUAAUGAGUUUGGCAUUUUCAUUACAAUGAAUCCGGGCUAUGCAGGCCGCAAGGAGCUUCCUGAAAAUCUGAAAAUCCAAUUCAGAACGGUGGCAAUGAUGGUUCCCGAUCGUCAAAUUAUUAUUCGUGUCAAAUUGGCUUCGUGCGGUUUUCUCGAAAACAUUACGUUGGCACGGAAAUUCUACACGCUAUACAAAUUAUGCGAGGAACAGUUAACAAAACAAGUGCAUUAUGAUUUCGGUCUACGAAACAUUCUAUCAGUUUUGCGAUCGCUUGGCGCAGCAAAACGGCAAAAUUCCAAGGAUAGCGAAUCAACGAUUGUAAUGCGAGUUUUACGUGAUAUGAACUUGUCCAAAUUAAUUGAUGAUGAUGAACCUUUAUUCAUUUCGCUGGUUGCAGAUCUGUUCCCUAAUCAAACAAUCGAAAAGACUGUUUAUGCGGAACUCGAAGCAGCUAUAGCUGAGCAAACGGAAGCAGAGAAUUUAGUCUAUCAUCCGCCAUGGGUUCUCAAAUUAAUUCAAUUGUACGAAACACAAAUGGUUCGACACGGCAUAAUGACGCUAGGACCAAGCGGUGCUGGCAAAACAACAUGUAUUCAAACACUCAUGAAAUCAUUAACUCAAAUGGGUGACAAUCACAGGGAAAUGCGAAUGAAUCCGAAAGCAAUUACCGCCGCACAAAUGUUUGGUAAAUUGGAUGUUGCAACAAACGAUUGGACGGAUGGUAUUUUCUCAGCACUUUGGCGCAAAACGUUGAAAAUGAAGAAAAAUGAAUACGUUUGGCUUGUGCUCGACGGCCCCGUCGACAGUAUUUGGAUCGAGAAUUUGAAUUCCGUUUUGGAUGAUAACAAAACGUUGACUCUAGCGAAUGGUGACCGAUUGAGCAUGGCACCAACAUGUAAAAUUAUAUUCGAGCCUCAAAAUAUUGACAAUGCAUCGCCGGCAACGGUUUCCCGCAAUGGAAUGGUUUACAUGAGUUCAUCGGGCUUGGAUUGGGUACCAAUUCUAAAUGCUUGGCUUAAAUCCCGUUCACCACGUGAGGUGACCGUUUUCCAGGAAAUGUUUGACAAAUCCUUUCAAACUUUGUACACAUGGGAAACGCAAAACCUACAAUUGAAAAUGGAUGUGUUACAAUGCAAUAUCGUUAAGCAAAUGCUUAUUAUUCUCGAAGGGUUGGUACCGAAACCAAAGACUGACGACCAAGAGGUUGCAGCUUCAGUUCAUGAAAGUGUUGAAGACGAGACACCCGAAGACCAACCGUCUGAAGAAAAAGAAGAGUUAUUCUCCGUCGAGCAUUUGCAUCGUUUGUACAUUUUUGCGAUGACAUGGAGUUUUGGAGCUCUUUUGAAUACAGAAGACCGUAGAAAAUUGGAUGUUUUUGUUCAUGAAAAAUUCGCCGAUUUCGAUUUUCCAAUAGAAGAAUCCGAACCAAAUGUGCAACAAUCGAUAUUCGAUUACUUUGUUACAAAAGCUGGCAAUUGGCAAAAUUGGAAAACGCUUGUUACUACCUACGUUUAUCCAGAAUAUGCAACGCCAGAUUUUUCGAGUAUUUUAAUUCCGAUUGUGGACAACGUUUGCAUCGAUUAUUUAAUUGGUUCGGUUGCACAGCAAGAACGAGCCGUUUUGUUGAUUGGCGAACAAGGAACAGGCAAAACAGUCAUUAUGAAAAAUUACAUGAAGAAAAUGAGCCCCGAAACCCACGUUGGUCGCUCGUUUAACUUUUCAUCAGCCACUAGCCCGUAUCAAUUUCAGAAAACUAUCGAAAAUUAUGUUGAGAAACGAUUGGGCAAUACAUUUGGUCCAUCGAAUGGUCGCAAAAUGAUUGUGUUCAUUGAUGACAUCAAUCUUCCUCAGAUAAAUGUGUGGGGUGAUCAAGUCACAAAUGAAAUUGUGCGUCAAACAAUGGACAUGAAAGGUUUUUACAGUCUCGAAAAACCCGGUGAAUUUACAAACAUCGUUGAUGUUCAAUAUUUUGGAGCAAUGGGCAUUCCAGGUGGUGGUCGAAAUGACAUUCCGCAACGUUUGAAGCGUCAAUUCAGUGUGUUCAAUGUGAACAUCCCUGACAACGAUUCAAUCGACAAGAUUUUUCGCACCGUUGGCGAAGGCCACUACAAUGUGAAACGUGGUUUUGUGCCAGGUGUUCGUGCUCUCGUUAAGCGACUAAUUCCAUUAACACGCCUUCUAUGGCUAAGAACACGAAACAAGUUGCUGCCAACACCGGCGAAAUUCCAUUACGUUUUCAGUUUACGGGAUUUAUCUCGCAUUUGGCAAGGCAUGAUUAGUACAUUGUCGACAGUUAUUACGAGUGAAAAUAUUAUGAUUGAAUUAUGGAAGCAUGAGAACAUGCGAGUAUUUUCUGACCGCUUCACCAUCGAAUCGGACAAAGAGUGGUUCAGCACUGAGCUGGUUGCGUUAAUUUUAUCCGAAUUGGGUGAGGAUUAUGUGGAUAUGGCUCGAUCGAACCCAGUUUUCGUUGAUUUUAUGCGAGAUGCUCCUGAACCGACGGGCGAAGAAGGCGAAGAUGCAGAUAUGGAACUUCCAAAAGUGUAUGAACCCGUUCACUCAUACGAUGUACUGCGCGAGCGUUUGAACAUGUUUUUAUCACAAUUUAAUGAAAUGGUUCGUGGUUUGGGCAUGGAUCUGGUCUUCUUCCCUGAUGCAAUGUUACAUUUGAUCAAAAUCUCCCGAAUCAUUCGCCAUCCGCGCGGAAAUGUGAUGCUGGUGGGCGUAGGUGGUUCGGGAAAGCAGUCAUUAACAAAAUUGGCCACAUUCAUUGCUGGAUAUAAGGUUUUCCAAAUCAGUUUGACGCGUUCGUACAACGUGAGCAAUUUUCUCGAGGAUUUGAAAUUACUGUACAGAAGCUGUGGAGUUCAAGGAAAAGGGACAACCUUUUUGUUCUCGGAUUUGGACAUAAAAGAAGAGGGAUUCCUUGAAUAUUUGAAUAACAUUCUGUCUUCUGGCGUUAUUUCAAAUCUAUUCACUCGAGAUGAGCAGCAAGAAAUCGUCUCGGAAUUGACACCGGUCAUGAAGAGAGAAAAUCCAAAGCGGGCCAUAAAUGCGGAAACGGUGAUGGAGUAUUUCUUGCAGCGUGCCUGUCACAAUUUGCAUGUUGCAUUCUGUUUUUCGCCGGUUGGCGAAACAUUUCGUCAUCGUGUGCAACGUUUUCCAGCUCUGGUGUCUGGCUGUACCGUCGAUUGGUUCCAACCGUGGCCAAAAGACGCUCUCGUUUCGGUUGCUCGCCACUUUUUGGCCGAUUUUCAAAUUGAAUGUGUUGAUCAGGUGAAAGUUGAAUUGAUUCGAGCAUUAGGAACCAUUCAGAGCAUUGUGUCUGAUAUAUCAAUAGAAUAUUUUCAACGUUUUCGACGAGCCACGCACGUUACACCGAAAUCGUAUUUAAAUUUCAUUGCCGGUUACAAGAGCAUUUAUCAAAUGAAACAGAGCGAACUAAGAGAUGGUGUCGAAAAAAUGGAAACUGGCUUGGAAAAACUGGCCGAAGCAUCUGCUUCGGUGGAGAUACUGAAAAAAGAUUUAGCGGUUAUGGAACAAGAUCUGGCUAUAGCUUCGCAAAAGGCCGAAAGUGUGUUGACCGAAGUGACGGAGAAAGCCAGUCAAGCGGAAGUGGUCAAAAACCAGGUGCAAAUCGUAAAGGAAAAAGCGGAGGCUCUCGUUGCGAAAAUAGCAGAAGAAAAAGCGUACGCUGAAGAGAAACUGGAGAAAGCCAAACCGGCUCUCGAAGAAGCUGAAGCGGCGCUAAAUACCAUAAAACCCGCUCAUAUUGCCACUGUUCGUAAACUUGGUCGACCUCCGCAUUUAAUCAUGCGGAUUAUGGACUGUGUGUUGAUAUUUUUCCAACGAAAAUUACAUCCAUGCAUUCCCGAUACGGGUGCACCUUGCCCAAAACCAAGUUGGCAAGAGUCGCUCAAAAUGAUGGCGAGUACAACGUUUUUGCUACAACUCCAAAACUACCCAAAAGAUUCAAUAAACGACGAAAUUAUCGACUUUUUGCAACCGUAUUUCGCUAUGGAGGACUAUAAUAUGGAUAUGGCACGACGUGUGUGCGGUGACGUUGCUGGUUUGUUAUCGUGGACAAAAGCGAUGGCAUUUUUCCACGGCGUGAAUAAAGAAGUACUUCCCCUAAAAGCAAAUUUAACUUUGCAAGAAGCUCGACUAAAGCUUGCCAUGGAAGAUUUAGCAGGAGCUGAAAAUCAAUUGCUGGAGCGUGAAAAUGCGUUGCAAGAGGUGAAAAAUCAAUACGAUUCUGCCGUCGGCGAAAAGCAGCGUUUAACCGAUGCGGCAAAUGUUUGUUUGCGCAAAAUGACGGCGGCAACAGCGUUGAUUCAAGGUUUGCAGGGCGAGAAAUUACGAUGGACCCAGCAAAGUAAAGAGUUUAAAAUCCAACUCGGCAAAUUGGUCGGUGAUGUUUUGCUGGCAACCGGAUUUUUAUCAUAUUGCGGCCCAUAUAAUCAAGAGUUCCGAUCGAAUUUGAUGAAAACAUGGAUGAGCAUUCUGAAAGCGAAAAGCAUUCCGUUCACCAUAAACUUGAAUAUAACCAAUAUGAUGGUCGACUCAUCGACGGUUAGCGAAUGGACGCUGCAAGGCUUACCAAAUGAUGAACUUUCCGUCCAAAAUGCACUCAUCGCCACAAAAUCACGCAGCUAUCCGUUACUGAUUGACCCGCAAAUUCAAGGGAAAAUUUGGAUAAAGUGCAAAGAAGACCAAAAUGAAUUGCAAAUCACUUCAUUAAACCACAAAUAUUUUCGCACUCACUUGGAAGAUAGCUUAUCAUUGGGUCGACCGUUGUUGAUUGAAGAUGUUGGCACCGAACUCGAUCCGGUGAUUGAUAAUGUGUUGGAGAAGAAUUUUAUCAAAUCGGGUAGUAUUGAAAAGGUGUUGGUUGGCGAUAAAGAAUGUGAUGUUAUGCCAGGAUUUAUGUUGUAUAUCACCACGAAGCUUCCAAAUCCACCAUUCAGUCCGGAAAUCAGCGCAAAAACGUCGAUUAUCGAUUUCACUGUGACAAUGCGCGGUUUGGAAGAUCAACUGCUUGGUCGGGUGAUUCUAAUGGAAAAAUCGGAUUUGGAAGCGGAACGUGUUGCACUGUUCGAAAGUGUGAUGAAAAAUCAGCGAAGUAUGAAAGAGCUUGAAGCGAAUCUGUUGUUGAGAUUGAGUUCAUCUGAAGGUUCUUUGGUUGAUGAUGAGGAAUUGAUUGAAGUGUUGGGCGUUACGAAAACAACAGCCGAAGAAGUUAACCAAAAAUUGAAAAUUUCCGAAGUGACCGAGCGCAAAAUCACAGUUGCUCGCGAAGAAUUCCGCGCGGUUGCAACGCGCGGCUCAAUUUUGUACUUUUUAAUUGUCGAAAUGAGUAAUGUCAAUGUCAUGUACCAGAAUUCGCUAAAACAAUUUUUGGUGAUUUUCGAUAAUUCAAUAACGAAAUCAACGAAGAGCAAUAACACCGAAGAGCGUAUCAACAACAUAUUGAAAUAUUUAACCUAUGAAAUAUGGGCAUUCACCAGUCGCAGCUUAUACGAACGUCACAAGCAACUCUACACGCUUCUUUUAGCCAUAAAAAUUGAUUAUAAUAAGGGAAUUAUUACGCACGAAGAAUUUCUUGCCUUUGUCAAAGGCGGCGCAUCACUCGAUUUAAAUGCUGUCGCACCAAAACCAUUCCGUUGGAUUUUAGACAUAACCUGGCUGAAUUUAGUGGAAAUUAGCAAACUGAACACAUUUAGUGAUUUACUGAAAAAAAUUGAAACGAACGAAAAAGAUUGGAAGUUGUGGUAUGAAUCGGAAAAACCGGAAGCUGAAGAGAUUCCAUGCUCGUACAGUUCCACACUGGAUGGCUUUCGUAAAUUGUUGCUCAUACGCUCAUGGAGUCCGGAUCGCACCAUUUCUCAAGCAAAGAAAUAUAUUGAAGAGUCACUUGGCCCGGAGUACAGUGAAAUGUUAAUCUUGGAUUUGGACGUGACAUGGAGUGAAUCAGAACCGCGUACACCGCUCGUUUGUAUUCUGUCAAUUGGUUCGGAUCCGACAUCACAAAUCGCAACGCUUGCCAAAAACAAGAAUAUUCCAUUGAAAAUGGUGUCGAUGGGGCAAGGUCAAGAGGUGCAUGCCCGGCGAAUGAUGAGCGAAGGCAUGUCUGGCGGUGGUUGGGUGCUGCUUCAAAAUGUUCAUUUGUCACUACCGUUUUGUUCCGAAAUUAUCGACAUUCUAGUGGAAACGGAGCACUUGGAUGACACAUUCCGUUUGUGGGUUACGACCGAAGUGCACGAAGAAUUUCCAAUUGGUUUGCUGCAAAUGGCCAUCAAAUUCACUAAUGAACCACCGCAAGGCAUUAGAGCCAGUUUGAAACGCAGUUACCAGGCGUUUUCGCAAGACUUUUUGGACUAUACGACAGCACCCCAAUGGCCUCCGUUACUGUAUACGAUUGCAUUUCUGCACACAAUCGUUCAGGAGCGGAGAAAAUUUGGGCCGCUUGGCUGGAAUAUACCAUACGAAUUCAAUCAGGCCGAUUUUGCAGCCAGCGUGCAAUUCAUCCAAAAUCAUCUUGACGAAAUUGAUCCGAAGAAAGGAGUGUCAUGGCAAACGCUGUGCUACAUGCUUGGCGAAGUGAUGUAUGGUGGACGUGUUACAGACGAUUUCGAUAAACGAUUGCUGGUAACAUUCACCAGUGUUUGGUUCAAUGAAACAUUGCUAUCGCCCAAUUUUGAGUUUCACAAAGGCUACCGCGUGCCAAUGUCACGGAAUUUGCAUACGUAUAUGGAGUACAUAAAUAGUUUACCAACAAAUGAUACACCCGAAGUUUUUGGUCUGCACCCGAAUGCUGAUAUCUCAUAUCAAAUAAAUACGGCCAAAGGUAUUUUGGAUACGAUUUUAAGCGUACAACCAAAAGAGGGUGGUGGUGGCGGCGGUGAGACACGUGAAAGUAUCGUUUAUCAAUUGGCUGAUGAUAUGCUACGAAAACUACCACCAAAAUACGUUUCGUUCGAAGUUCGUGAAGCUUUGCAGCGAAUGGGCGCCUUUUUACCCAUGAAUAUCUUCUUCAGACAAGAGUUGGAUCGAAUGCAAAGAGUUAUUUGUGAAGUUUACGAGAGUUUAUGCAAUCUGAAACUUGCUAUCGAUGGAACGAUUGUUAUGGAUCCGACGUUACGAGCAUCGCUUGAUGCAAUGUAUGAUGCUCGCAUACCCGAAAAAUGGAUGAAGAUUUCAUGGGAAUCAACAACGCUCGGCUUCUGGUACACUGAAUUAUUGGAGCGAAAUGCACAAUUUCGCACAUGGUUCUUAACCGAACGACCGAAGGUGUUUUGGAUGACGGGAUUCUUUAACCCUCAAGGCUUUUUGACGGCCAUGCGACAAGAGGUGACUCGCGCUCACAAAGGAUGGGCACUUGAUUCGGUUGUUUUGCAGAAUCAAAUAACGCGCCAUAAUAAAGAAGAAAUUAACGAGGCGCCUGCUGAAGGUGUUUACGUACACGGGCUAUUUCUCGAAGGUGCAUCGCUGGAUCGUCGCAGUGGCAAACUGAUUGAGUCAAGACCAAAAGUUCUCUAUGAACAAAUGCCAGUGAUACACAUCUAUGCCAUUAAUACAACGGCCGGAAAAGAUCCACGACUGUAUGAGUGUCCAAUUUAUCGAAAGCCACAGCGAACCGAUCAAAAAUAUGUGGGUUCAAUCGAUUUCGAAACGGACUUCAAUCCACGGCAUUGGACAUUACGAGGCGUUGCAUUGCUAUGUGACAUCAAAUAAAAAUAUUCCAAUGACAUGUGCUUGUUGUUGCACACCAUUUAUUACUUCACCUUGAUAGAUUUCAUGAGCUACUGAAAACACAAACGAAAUCAAAUAAAAAUAACACGCUUGUUAGAAUAGAGCAUCUGGCACGCUGAAUGUAAUGCGUUUUUUUCUCGUUCAUUUCAGCUAAAUUGAUAUGAUUUUUCAAUUUGAAAUGAUGCGAUUGUUGUA